UGGCCCGACACCCGGUCAGGCCCGUUCACUGCAAAAUUGCUGGAUGGAACCCCAAAAACCCCAACGAAAACCCCUGCAAGCAUCCUCCUCCGCAUUUCUCAGAGAGCUCAAAACCCUCUGAAAAUGGCUUUCCUUCGAAGCAUAACUCGUUCUCGGAGUUUGUUCUCCGCCGUUCAAAAGCUCCGAUUCCGUCCGGAUUCUCCCAGCCUCGGCCACAUUUCGCGUCUUCAGGAAGUUCAGCGGAGAUCAAUUGCACUUCCCAGUCUCUUCAGCUCCAAAAUUGAUUCGGAUUCGGACAAGGUCGGAGCCGGCGCCGUCGAGGAAGGCCAUCGUGCGAGGUGUGAAUUGACAGAUCUGGAAGAAGAUUCCAGAUUUUUGCUGGAAAAUCGAGAAAUAGAGGAGGUGUCUAAGAACGACGACGAUGAUGAUUUAGGAAACCCAUUUAAAAUUCCAUUAAAAAGAUCAAAGACUCCAGAAGUCCGGAAGCCACUAUCGCCUGAGAUGGCUACGCUUGUGACUCACUUGUAUGAGGAAGGGUACUUCAAAGAUGCAAACUUUGUCAACAAGAAGGAGCUCGACAUUACUUGCUUUGAGCACAACUACGCUCGGAAUCACAUAAAACGUGCCGUUGUCCAGUUUGGGAGGGACAAACAAGAAAUUGCCAAGUUGCUUCCUGCUAAAGACUUGAAGAAGGUGGCUCGCUUUGGUUGCCCUUCCGUUGUGAUGAAGGGUGUACAUUCUGCUAAAUUAUUGCGCAGGUUUUACAAGAUUCCAGAAGACACGGUGUGUAUUAAAUGUGCUAUAAGAGAGUCGUGUAAGUUUGAGUGCCAGGAUUUGUUGCCUGUUAAAGUCCCAAAGCUUCAACUGCAUAAUGUGAUGAGGGUUAUCGCGCUCUAUGACUUGGGACCAAUACCUGAGGAACUGGUUGUUCCAGCAGAAAUUAUGGAAUCGGUUAAUCGGUUGCUUAGGGAGGUUGUUAACCUUAGCAAGACUCGUUCUGUGAAAAGCGAAUCGGACGGCGUGGGCAUUCCAACCACUUCCAACUAGACUGAAUCAGUUCCUCCGCCAUCAGUUUCUGUUUUUUGUAGGUAAGGUCAAGGCCUCUAUGGGACAAUUACUAGGUUGUUGUUGGGGGGUUUUUUUUGGAUGAUCUUAGUAUUGACAACUUUUGCAAAAUCUAUUCUACAAAGCUUGCAAACAACUUAGGUUGGUGGAAAUGGUGGAAACCAGCUGAAAAUGGAAAUGUUGGAAACCAGCUGAAAAGUAUGACAACCUGUGCAUUUCCCCCCAACUUUAGAAUGGUUAAAAUUUAGCAACCUGGUUUGAUUGACACUGUGUACCAAUGUCAUACUAUGACACCAUUGGUUCAUUUGAACAUCAAAGGGAACAUCAUAGGAUUACGGUGCUCUGUUUGAAAAUUGAAAAUUGAUUAUUCCUACCCCCACCCCGCACCUGACUAAUUUGUAGUGGA